GGGGUGUCGUGUCCGAUUGUCAGUCAGCUCUCCGCAGCAUCAGCACCAGCACCAGGCGCAUUACAGCAAGGUCUGCAGUCGAUCUGUUUCCUAGCUUCUCGCAUCGAUAACACAUAGUCCCGAUAGCGAUGGACACCUCCGGUAAAGAGAAAGAGGCCAUCCAGCUAAUGGCGGAGGCUGACAAGAAGGUCAAGUCGUCCGGGUCGUUCCUCGGUGGCAUGUUUGGAGGGAAUCACAAGGUGGAGGACGCGUGCGAGAUGUAUGCCAGAGCAGCCAACAUGUUCAAGAUGGCCAAGAAUUGGAAUGCUGCAGGGAACGCUUUCUGCCAGGCUGCAAGGCUCCACAUGCAGCAGCAGAAUAAACUGGACUCGGCCACCAGCUUCGUUGAUGCUGGCAACGCCUACAAAAAGGCCGAUCCUCAGGAGGCAAUCAACUGCCUAAAUGCAGCCAUUGAUAUCUACACUGAUAUGGGCAGGUUCACCAUCGCAGCCAAACACCACAUCACCAUCGCUGAGGUGUACGAGUCUGAGCUGGUGGAUAUAGAAAAGGCGAUCGCCCACUAUGAGCAGGCUGCAGACUAUUAUAAGGGGGAGGAGUCUAACAGUUCUGCCAAUAAGUGUCUGCUGAAAGUUGGCCACUACAGUGCCCAGCUGGAGCAGUAUCAAAAAGCCAUUGAGAUCUACGAACAGGUUGCCACUAAUACCAUGGAUAACCCACUGUUGAAGUACAAUGCGAAGGAGUAUUUCUUCAAAGCUUCCCUGUGUCACUUCAUCGUAGACGAGCUCAACGCUAAGCUGGCCAUAGAAAAGUAUGAGGAGAUGUUUCCUGCCUUUGCGGACUCCAGAGAGUGCAAGCUGUUAAAGAAACUUCUGGAUGCUCACGAGGAGCAGAACUGCGAGGCGUUCACGGAGGCUGUGAAGGAGUAUGACUCUGUGUCUCGUCUGGACCAAUGGCUGACCACCAUGCUGCUGCGCAUUAAGAAGACCAUUCAGGGAGAUGCUGGGGACCUCAAAUAGGGAGGGAGGGAGAAAGGGAGAAAGAAUAAGGGAGGAGUCAUGAGAGGGAGGGGGAGUGGGUUAGAGCAGGGGGUGGGGUAAGGUUUGUGUGUCGUCGUCAGUGUAAAUAUACUGUUAGCUUCUAACACUCUGCAUGUAACACUCACAACCUUUCCCAGACCCUCCCUGGAACAUUGGACCGUCCUUCCUACAACCUUCCUACAACCUUCCUACAAUCUUCCUACAUCUUUCCUACAUCCUUCCUACAACCUUCUCGUAAUAUUUCUGCAUCCUCUUAACAUCCUUCCUACAAUCUCUCCACUGUCUUUACAAUGACACUUUUUGGUUCUUGUUUCAAAGUAAGUGUUGGCCUGUACAGAUUGAUUGAGUGUGUGUGUGUGUGUGUGUGUGUGUGUGUGUGUGUGUGUGUGUGUGUGUGUGUGUGUGUGUGUGCGCGCGCGCGGGUGUAUGAGUGAGACAGAGAGAGGAAAUGAAAGGGGUGUGUGUUGUUGUGGUAUUAUAAUAGUAUAACGUUAUGAGAUAUAUAUAUAUAUAUAUAUAUAUAUAGGACUAUGUUAAGGUCCAGUGUUAAACUUGUGUCAACGUAAUGGUUCUUGUCCAUCCUGUAAUGUGUGAUUACUGUGUGGCCACUAGGGAGCGCUCUUACACACAGUUGGAGGCUGGGGUGCACCCGAAAGAUCAUUUCUAUAGCAUCCUAAUAUCAAAUGCAUAUAUAUCAUUAUUGACGUGCAUACAUACAUUAUAUAUUAUCACUGUAUCAUACAUAAGCAUUGUUACAGUCAAAUGGUAAGUGUUAUAUCAAGAAGAUAUAGCAAGAUAUAGAAGAUUGAUAUGUCUGAUCUAUUCAGAAAGGUUUCAAGGACACUGUUACGCCUGUAAGUGGGGUUUCUGAUCACAUGGAGAAAGAUGGCAAUAUUCUAUUUAAUUAGGUAGCUAGCUAACUGCUGGGCUAAGUAUAACUUAUUAUUAAGUAUAUAGUACUUGACCAAGGUUAACUUCCUCCAAGCCUCCAGGUCGCUUGGCGACUACCCUAGUGGCUGACUGCUGUCUAUGUGCUGUGCUGUCUGUGCAUGUUGUCAUGGUGACAUAUGUGGUGUUGUAAAACAGCGAGGGUCCAUCCCCAAUCCCCGGACCCAGAGUUGUAGUCAUCCAGGUAUCACGUUUGUAUGGUGUAUCAUGUGCUGAAAAGAUGUACAUUAAUAAAAUAUCUCCACACUUGACUCUUGGAUUGGUUGA